AUGAAUUUAAAAUCACUGAUAUUUAAAGCUAGAUCUAACGGAGUGCCUGUUUACUGUUGUAUGUUAUUGCUGUUGUACUUGGUGCUGCGCCACAUACACUCGUUUUCGCUGCAGACGGAAUUCGUCCCAAAGCAUGUGCGCAGGUAUCUAAAGUUCAAUGAAAAGUUCAAGAUUUCUUCAAAGAAGUUGUCGAGCGGCGAGCUGAACGCGCUAACGAGCACGGUGGAGGUGCUGAACUACGAGCGUGAGGUGCUGCACGUGCAGCGCUACGGGCUAGUGCGCGCUGACGUCACCAUGCUGGUCGUGCAGGUGCACCGCGACGCCGAGCGCCUGCAGUACCUCAUCGUGUCUCUGUCGCAGGUGCACUACAUCCAGUCCGUGCUGCUGGUGUUCUCACACAGCUACUAUGACGAAAAAAUUAACAAGCUCGUUAAAAGCAUUACUUUCGCAAGGGUCAUGCAGAUAUUCUAUCCCUAUUCGCUUCAGCUUUAUCCAAACAAGUUCCCUGGCAUCGAUGCUGAGGACUGCCUGAGUGCCGCCGGCGCCGCGGACAAGUACUGCAGCAACCGGGACGCGCGCCGCGUGGAGCACAAGCACCACUGGUGGUGGAAAGCCUGUUUCAUCUUUAAUAAUCUCGACUGGUCCGACAGUUAUAAAGGCACCGUCAUUUUCCUAGAGGAGGAUAACUAUGUGUUACCGGAUCUGUUGUACAUGCUACGCUACACUUCGCGGACUCAGACUUACAUCCCAGGGAUUUAUAUCAUGUCUUUUGGGAGACCGUUUGCAAAGAAUUUGGACUACGACUUGUUGACGGUAGACUCCUGGCACCCACCGUUUGAUAAAGGAAUAGCUUUCAAUAAAUCUGUAUGGCAGAGGAUCGCUGCAGUGUCGUCAUACUACUGUAUGUAUGAUGACGUCAGCUGGAGCUACUCGCUGCUCAACCUGCUCAGCAGGUUCCGAGAGGGGCACGCGGACAUGGUGGCCCCGCAGGCGCCGCGCGUGCUCUCCACCAGCAUGUUCCCCAGCGGCCGGCUUGCUGUGCAGAAGAUCUAUGGUUGGAUGAAGGAAGCCAGGAUGUUUCCUGCGAACGUGAAGGCGGUGGCCUUGUACAGUAGUUCCGGGAGAGUGGGCAAUAACGCGAAGCUUCCCCCGCAGGGUAACGGCGGGUGGAGCGACAUGCGGGACCACCUCCUCUGCUUGGACCCUCUCAUGUCUACGACGACGGGCGCCAUGAACGACUUAACGGCGACCACCAUCGUACCGACCACCACCACUGAGUCACAGGAGUCUCUCACUAUAGCCGAGCACCGCAUCAACAUGUCCGACGUCGAAAUUCGUCAGCUGCUGUGA